GGUCCAAUAUAGCUACAUUUUCUUCAUAUAUUAAUCCUCCAAUUCUAACAAGUCGGUGUCACUCUUCUAAGUUCUAACAGAACCAUCCCCAGAUCUAACACGUAAAAUGGGAAGAAGCACAAGCAUGUUACACUCGCUGUGUCUCGUUGUUGCUUUGUUGUGUGUGUGUGCAGUGGAAGCAGAAGAUGCAUACAAGUUCUACACAUGGACGGUUACUUAUGGCACUCUUUCUCCACUUGCUACUCCACAACAGGUUAUCCUCAUCAAUGGCCAGUUUCCUGGACCAAGGCUUGACCUGGUAACCAACGACAAUGUAGUUCUCAACCUCAUCAACAAGCUUGACGAGCCAUUUUUGAUUACUUGGAAUGGCAUUAAGCAAAGGAAGAACUCAUGGCAAGAUGGAGUGUUGGGAACAAACUGUGCCAUUCCUCCAAACUCAAACUACACAUACAAGUUUCAAACCAAGGAUCAGAUUGGCACCUUUUCCUACUUUCCAUCAACUGCAUUUCACAAAGCCGCUGGAGGAUUUGGAGGACUCAAUGUCUAUCACAGAUCUGUCAUCCCAAUCCCUUAUCCAAACCCUGCUGGUGAUUUCACUUUGCUCAUUGGUGAUUGGUUCAAGACCAACCACAAGACAUUAAGGCAGACUUUGGAUUCUGGAAAAUCUCUUGGACUUCCGGAUGGCCUUCUCAUCAAUGGCCAAACACGCCCUACGUUUACCGGCAACCAGGGACAAACCUAUAUGUUCAGGAUCUCAAAUGUGGGGUUGUCAACCUCAAUCAACUUCAGAAUUCAGGGUCAUAAACUGAAACUAGUUGAGUGUGAGGGAUCACACACUCUACAGAACUUUUAUGACUCACUUGAUGUGCAUGUUGGCCAAUCAGUUUCUCUGUUGGUAACCUUGGACCAACCCCCAAAGGAUUAUUACAUUGUUGCCUCAACAAGAUUCACCACAAAAGAUCUCACAACAACUGCUGUGCUUCACUAUGCAAACUCAGGUUCCCCUGCAUCUGGACUCUUGCCUCCUGCUCCCCCUGCUAAUAAAUAUGACUGGUCCAUGCAACAAGCUACAAGCUACAGAUGGAAUCUGUCAGCAAAUGCUGCUAGGCCUAAUCCACAAGGAUCAUUCCACUAUGGAAAGAUAACUCCUACAAAGAGGUUUUUGUUUGCCAGUACAGCACCCUUGAUCAAUGGAAAGCUCCGGUAUGCUGUUAACUCGGUCUCCUAUGUGAACUCGGAUACCCCUCUGAAGCUUGCUGAUCACUUCAACAUCCCCGGAGUUUUCGACACGAGUUCCCUCCAAAGCAAUCCCUCGAAUGGCGCAGCACGCAUUGCUACCUCGGUGGUCCCAACUGCUCUCCAUGAUUUCAUUGAGGUUGUUUUCCAGAACAAUGAAAAUGCCAUGCAAUCUUGGCAUCUUGAUGGCUAUGAUUUUUGGGUUGUUGGUUAUGGUUUCGGCCAGUGGUCACCCAACAGUAGAAAUACAUAUAAUCUUGUGGACGCUCUGACCAGACACACUGCCCAGGUGUAUCCAAACUCUUGGACUGCAAUAUUGGUGUCCUUGGAUAACCAAGGUAUGUGGAAUAUGAGGUCCUCAAUAUGGGAGAGGCAAUAUCUUGGGCAACAAUUCUAUCUGAGGGUGUGGAAUGCACAGCAAAGCCUUGCCAAUGAAUAUAACAUUCCCAAUAAUGCCCUCCUUUGUGGCAAAGCCGUUGGACGCCACUCCUAGAAUCAGUUAUCAGCUAUCACCUUCAAUUUCUAGUCAUGAGAGCAUGACUACAUUAUAUAUUCUUUUUAGAGAAGAAAGUCACAGAGGGAGAAGUUCAUUUCUCUGUUUUCAGGCUCGGUUACUUCUAAUGUGUCAAAUUUUUCAUUGCUUAUUUAUAAUUUGACAAUCAAUUCAUCCGGUGUUGUUUACUGUUAUAAUUUGAGAGAGGUGUACUUACUGCACAAUGUGGCUAGUUGAGAAAGCAAAAAACUAGCCCUGCGUCCAGGAAUAUAUAAGAAUGUACUAUCAAAUCAACUUGCUGAAGGUUGUUCAAGAUUUAAUUAUAGGUUUUACAUUUGAGCUUUAGAUGU